AUGGCUAGUUUGAUUCUUGAUAUGCCUCGGAAAUGGCAAAAACAAAAAAGAGUAACUGGAAGAGAUUUGUCAAAAGAAAGGUUUCAGUUCAUCUUUCAGCAUGAGUAUGAGAUGGAGGAAAUUCUGAACAAAGGUAUCCAUACCUACGAGGAAUGGCCGAUAGUGAUGGAGCGGUGGGUGGAGAAUCCCCCCCCCCCAGAUUACUUGCAAUAUGUGGACAUCUGGGUCCAGAUUAAGAACAUCCCGGUGAACCACUACACAGAAAAGGCGAUAAUGGCUCUUGGUGACCUAGUGGGGAAGACAACAGUGGUGGCCUUUGAUCCGGAAAAAUCUCAGAGGCAGGACUACGUCCGAGCUCAGAUAAGAUUCAAUGUGGCUAACCCACUUAAGAAGUCGAAGAUUAUAAACCUUCCUAAUGGAGGGGGCUCGGCUGAGAUCUUAUACUUCUAUGAAAGGGUUCAGAAACAAUGCUACCACUGUCAGAGAAUGACUCAUGAGAAAUCAAGCUGUCCUUUGCUAGUGAGAGAGGGAAAGCAUGAAGCGUUGAAGAGAAGACAUGAUGGUGAAGAAAGAAAAAUCAGAGAGGAUAAAGUCAGGAAGUCGGUGAGGGAGGUAGAGAAAGACCCAGUGACAGAAAGGAUUGCUCUCAGAUUGGAAGAUCCUCCUAUUGUAACUGAAGACCUUAACAGAGGUAAAGGUCUGGUUUUUGGUUAUGAAACAUCUGACUCAACGUCGGCGAAGUCAGGAAGCAGAGGCCGUCAGAAGCUCCUUGGAGAUGCAAUCAGAUCAGAAGUUUCCUCGUCGUUGGUAGUCUUUAAGCCAGUUGAUAAUCCGGUGCAAGAAAUGUCUAGGGUCUUUCCUGGGAUAGUACCCACUUCUGGUGAUCCGACGGUUUAUAAGAUUGGUCUUUUUGAGGCCACAUCUUCCGAGAAAACUAAGAAGAGAGGGAAACCUACGAAAAGGCCUUACGUAAAGAAAAGAAGACUGAGGAAGGUGGGAGAGGAAAUGGAGCAGGAGGCUGGGUCGAGCCAGUCUGGGUCUGUUAGUGAAGGUGGGAGUAAGAAAAGAAUUUCAGAAUCAGAAAACAGUGAUGGAAGAGCUAACUGGCGGAAGCCAAACGAGGCGGUCCCAAAUGAGGGACUGUCCAACGCGUAA